CCCGGCCUCUCACGACAGGGCCUGGUCCCAGGGUCUCCCAGGUCCCGAAGGCCCAUCUUCACGGUCAGGGCCUCAUCCGGUUCCGCAGAGGCCUGGUCCAGGCCAGGCUUCCGGCAGGGCUCUCCGUCCCAGGGCCCUCACAGAGUUGGAUGUAUUAGCUGUAUUCUAGAUAGAUCAGGAGUUCACAAGGGUUUUAAAUGCUGGCCUAAUAGCCUUGUUAACAGAUAUCGUCAGACAUGAAAGCCUGUAGGUUCUGGUCAGAACAGUGAAGGACUGUAGGUUCUGGUCGAAGCAGGGACAGACUAGGGAGAAAUGCAAUGUAGUUUGGUAGAAGCGGACUAGAGGUGCGCGUUCUACUGUUGAUCCAACGCCCGACUUAUGAUAAUCAGGGCACCUCUAACGCUAUAUAGAAAUGCGCUGUAGGCUCCAGUCAGAGACGGCAGAAUAAUCUUUUGACGGGGUGCAGGAAUAUUUCCCCCCUAAUUUGUUUCUGCUUAUAAUUUCUGACAUUUUAGGCUAUUUGUAAGUCAACUUGUCUAUAAUUAGAUACAUGCAGCUUCUCUUCUGUCAUUAUAUGUUGCCCUUGAAGACUAAAUAGACCCUUGCUCACCAGAAUAACGUCAUGUGACUGAAUGCCUCAGUCUAGUUGACAUCGGUAGAUCUGUCAUUUCUGCUUCUUUCGCAGAAGGGACUGGGGAGAAAAUGCAAUGAUGCGUGAAGCGGUUCAGGGCCCAUAUUCACAAUGAGUUGGAGUAUUGCUGAUCUAUGAUCAGUUUGGCCUUUUAUAAUCCUAUGAUAUUUAGAUCAGCAAAUGAGGUAGCCUGACCCCAGAUAUGUUUGUGGUCUUGCCAUCUCUGAUUUGAUGUCAUUGUGUUUGAUGUCACAUGUUUGGCAUGACAAUGUGUGACAAGGAGUUGGUGGCAUAUUCUCUCGAGUGGCGCAGUGGUCUAAGGCACUGCAUCGCAGUGCUAGCUGUGCCACUAGAGAUCCUGGUUCAAAUCCAGGCUCUGUCGUAGCCGGCCGCGACCGAUGAGACCUAUGGGGCGGUGCACAAUUGGCCCAGCGUCGUCCAGGGUAGGCCGGCAGGGAUGUAGCUCAGUUGGUAGAGCAUGUUUGCAACGCCAGGGUUGUGGGUUCGAUUCCCACGGGGGGCCAGUAUGAAAAAAAUAUGCACUCACUAACUGUAAGUCGCUCUGGAUAAGAGCGUCUGCUAAAUGACUGAAAAUGUAAAUGAUGGCACAAAUAGACUGGCACUAGGAACAAGGAGUGUCACUAACAGAAUAGACUGGCACUAGGAACAAGGAGUGUCACUAACAGAAUAGACUGGCACUAGGAACAAGGAGUGUCACUAACAGAAUAGACUGGCACUAGGAACAAGGAGUGUCACUAACAGAAUAGACUGGCACUAGGAACAAGGAGUGUCACUAACAGAAUAGAUAUGAUCAGAACCUGACUGUCAAUCAGCUGAUCUGGUGGCUAGGUGAUCAGAUAAGGAUUUGUUUAAGUGCUUCUAACUCAGCCAAUCAAAACAAGGACGUUGCCGUGUCAGGCAAGGAAAUUAGAUGGGACAGCUGAUUGGCUGUGAAGUCGAUGAUUGAUUAAUGAUUGAUUGGCAGGCCUAAAACAAACACCCAACAUUUGCCUGUUAAAGGUAGACUCAGUGAUAUGACGUAGAUGCAAAAAGUAAACAGGGUUAAUGUUCUGCAACAACUAAGAGCGUUGAAGCGCAUGGCUCAACUUCUCAGCUGUUUUAGUGUCUUGUACACAGCGUGACGCCAACCCGUGCACAUGCGCAGAUACUGUGUUGCAUCUGAGAAGUGUUGCAUCUCUCUCAUCUCAAUAUCUCUGGUGCUGCUCAUGGCAACGUCAUUUUGCUGAGUGUACCUUUAAAUGCGCUGCAGUGGAGAAUUCCAUCUAGUUAUUUAUUUAUGGAUGUGUUUUAAUCAGUUUUUGGGCAAAGUGGUGAGAUUGAUCUAUCCUGAUUUAGGAUGGUUAUGUAUUACUGUAUACAGUGCAUUCGGAAAGUAUUCAGACCCCUUGACCUUUUCCACAUUUUGUUACGCUACAGCCUUUUUCUAAAAUGGAUUACAUUAACUUUUUGCCUCAUCAAUCUACACACAAUACCCCAUAAUGACCCAAUACCCCAUAAUGACACAAUACCCCAUAAUGACAAAGUGAAAACAGGUUUUUAGAAAUGUUUGCAAAUGUAAUAAAAAUACAAAACAGAAAUACCUUAUUUACAGUUGAAGUCGGAAGUUUACAUACACCUUAGCCAAAUACAUUUAAACUAAGUUUUUCACAAUUCCUGACAUUUAAUCCUAGUAAAAAUUCAUUGUCUUAGAUCAGUUUCGAUCACAAAUUUAUUUUAAGAAUGUGAAAUGUCAGAAUAAUAGUAGAGUGAUUUAUUUCAGCUUUUAUUUCUUUCAUCACAUUCCCAGUGGGUCAGAAGUUUACAUACACUCAAUUUAUUUGGUAGCAUUGCCUUUAAAUUGUUUAACUUGGGUCAAAUGUUUCGGGUAGCCUUCCACAAGCUUCCCACAAUAAUUUGGGUGAAUUUUGGCCCAUUCCUCCUGACAGAGUUGGUGUAACUGAGUCAGGUUUGUAGGCCUCCUUGCUCGCACACGCUUUUUCAGUUCUGCCCACAUAUUUUCAAUAGGAUUGAGGUCAGGGCUUUGUGAUGGCCACUCCAAUACCGUAGUUUGGCUUUUUUAUGGUGGUUUUGGAGCAGUGGCUUCUUCCUUGCUGAGCGGUCUUUCAGGUUAUGUCGAUAUAGGACUCGUUUUACUGUGGAUAUAGAUACUUUUGUACCUGUUUCCUCCAGCAUCUUCACAAGGUCCUUUCCUGUUGUUCUGGGAUUGAUUUGCACUUUUCGCACCAAAGUACGUUCAUCUCUAGGAGACAGAACGCGUCUCCUUCCUGAGCGGUAUGACGGCUGCGUGGUACCAUGGUGUUUAUACUUGCGUACUAUUGUUUGUACAGAUGAAUGUGGUACCUUCAGGCGUUUGGAAAUUGCUCCCAAGGAUGAACCAGACUUGUGGAGGUCUACAAUUUUUUUUCUGAGGUCUUGGCUGAUUUCUUUUGAUUUUCCCAUGAUGUCAAGCAAAGAGGCACUGAGUUUGAAGGUAGGCCUUGAAAUACAUCCACAGGUACACCUCCAAUUGACUCAAAUGGUGUCAAUUAGCCUAUCAGAAGCUUUUAAAGCCAUGACAUAAUUUUCUGGAAUUUUCCAAGCUGUUUAAAGGCACAGUCAACUUAGUGUAUGUAAACUUCUGACCCACUGGAAUUGUGAUACAGUGAAUUAUAAGUUAAAUAAUCUGUCUGUAAACAGUUGGAAAAAAUACUUGUGUCAUGCACAAAGUAGAUGUCCUAACCGACUUGCCAAAACUAUGGUUUGUUAACAAGACAUUUGUGGAGUGGUUGAAAGAUGAGUUUUAAUGACUCCAACCUCAGUGUAUGUAAACUUCUGACUUAACCUGUACAUAAGUAUUCAGACCCUUUGCUAUGAGACUCGAAAUUGAGCUCAGGUGCAUCCUGUUUCCAUUGAUAAUCUGUUGAUGUUUCUACAACUUGAUUGGAGUCCACCUGUGGUAAAUUAAAUUGAUUGGACAUGAUUUGGAAAGGCACACACCUGUCUAUAUAAGGUCCCACAGUUGACAGUGCAUGUCAGAGCAAAAUCCAAACCAUGAGUUCGAAGGAAUUGUCCGUAGAGCUCCGAGACAGGAUCGUGUCGAGGCACAGAUCUGGGGGAAGGGUACCAAAAAAUGUCUACAGCAUUGAAGGUCCCCAAGAACACAGUGGCCUCCAUCAUACUUAAAUGGAAGAAGUUUGGAACCACCAAGACUCUUCCUAGAGCUGGCCGCCUGGCCAAACUGAGCAAUCAGGGGAGAAGGGUAUUGGUCAAGGAGGUGACCAAGAACCCGAUGGUCUCUCUGACAGAGCUCCAGAGUUCCUCUGUGGAGAUGGGGAAAACCUUCCAGAAGGACAACCAUCUCUGCAGCACUCCAGCAUUCAUGCCUUUAUGGUAGAGUGGCCAGACGGAAGCCACUCCUCAGUAAAAGGCACAUGACAGCCCGCUUGGAGUUUGCCAAAAGGCACCUAAAGAACUCUCAGACCAUGAGAAACAAGAUUCUCUGGUCUCAUGAAACCAAGAUUGAAGUCUUUGGCCUGAAUGCCAAGCGUCACGUCUGGAGGAAACCUGGCACAAUCCUUACGGUGAUGCAUGGUGGUGGCAGCAUAAUGCUGUGGGGAUGUUUUUCAGCGGCAGGGACUGGGAGACUAGUCAGGAUCGAGGGAAAGAUGAACGGAGCAAAGUACAGAGAGAUCCUUGAUGAAAACAUGCUCCAGAGCGCUCAGGACCUCCGACUGGGGCGAAGGUUCACCUUCCAACAGGACAACGACCCUAAGCACACAGCCAAGACAACGCAGGAGUGGCUUCGGGACAAGUUUCUGAAUGUCCUUGAGUGGCCCAGCCAGAGGCCGGACUUGAACCCGAUCAAACAUCUCUGGAGAGACCUGAAAAUAGCUGUGCAGAGACGCUCCCCAUCCAACCUGGCAGAGCCUGAGAGGAUCUGUAGAGAAGAAUGGGAGAAACUCCCCAAAUACAGGUGUGCCAAGCUUGUAACGUCAUACCCAAGAAGACUCAAGGCUGUAAUCGCUGCCCAAAGGUGCUUCAACAAAGUACUGAGUAAAGGGUCUGAAUACUUAUGUAAAUAUGAUAUUUCAGUUUUCUAUUUUUAAUACAUUUGGGGUAUUGUGUGUGUAUAUUGAUGAGGGGGGAAAAAACUAUUUACAGCCUUAUUUUAUAGAAUAAGGCUUUAACAUAACAAAAUGUGGAAAAAGUGAAGGGGUCUGAGUGCUUUCUGAAUGCACUGUAUAUCAAGUAACAAUGAUGACAUGCAAAGCCAUGUUAUGUCCUCCGGUUAUACAGCCCCUCCGGUUAUACAGCCCCUCCGGUUAUACAGCCCCUCCGGUUAUACAGCCCCUCCGGUUAUACAGUCCAUGUUUUAGCACGUUGUCAAUUAGGCUACUACUGUACUCAGUGUGUACAACUAGUGAAAUACACUUCUAUACUUUUAAAAGGAGAUUGUAGCUUCACAUGUAGGCUAUUACUCAUAUAUACAUGUCAGUGAUGCAACAGUUCUCUUGCAUUGACAACUUGACUUUCCUUGUCUAGCCAGUAGCCAUGAUUUUAAACCUAUUGAAAACGACUUGUACAAUUUCUAAAGGAAAAUUCUAGCGUACCCAGCCGGUGCGAUGGAAACUCUUCCUAUAGAGAUGAUUGUGUAUCUGACUAGCUGUCCUGUGUUAUGUCACCACGGUGUAGAGGGUCUAUGAAGUGUACUGAUCCUUGUAUUUAGCGUGCAUCUCUGCCUAAUCCUCCCCUGAAUAAACCGCCUGCCUGUCCCAGCAUGUAAUACAGUCUAAUGAAACCACAGCCCUAUGGGAAUAGGGUUCCAUUUGGUACGCAGCCAGUGGCUGUCCACAGAGCCAUACAGCAGCACCUACCCUUAUAGAACAGAGCAGCACCUACCCUUAUAGAACAGAGCAGCACCUACCCUUAUAGAACAGAGCAGCACCUACCCUUAUAGAACAGAGCAGCACCUACCCCUAUAGAACAGAGCAGCACCUACCCUUAUAGAACAGAGCAGCACCCACCCUUAUAGAACAGAGCAGCACCUACCCUUAUAGAACAGAGCAGCACCUACCCCUAUAGAACAGAGCAGCACCUACCCCUAUAGAACAGAGCAGCACCUACCCCUAUAGAACAGAGCAGCACCUACCCCUAUAGAACAGAGCAGCACCCACCCUUAUAGAACAGAGCAGCACCUAGCCUUAUAGAACAGAGCAGCACCUAACCUUAUAGAACAGAGCAGCACCUACCCUUAUAAAACAGAGCAGCACCUACCCCUAUAGAACAGAGCAGCACCUACCCCUAUAGAACAGAGCAGCACCUACCCUUAUAGAACAGAGCAGCACCUACCCCUAUAGAACAGAGCAGCACCUACCCCUAUAGAACAGAGCAGCACCUAUCCCUAUAGAACAGAGCAGCACCUACCCUUAUAGAACAGAGCAGCACCUACCCCUAUAGAACAGAGCAGCACCUACCCCUAUAGAACAGAGCAGCACCUACCCUUAUAGAACAGAGCAGCACCUACCCCUAUAGAACAGAGCAGCACCUACCCCUAUAGAACAGAGCAGCACCUACCCUUAUAGAACAGAGCAGCACCUACCCUUAUAGAACAGAGCAGCACCUACCCCUAUAGAACAGAGCAGCACCCACCCUUAUAGAACAGAGAAGCACCUACCCUUAUAGAACAGAGCAGCACCUACCCCUAUAAAACAGAGCAGCACCUACCCCUAUAGAACAGAGCAGCACCUACCCCUAUAGAACAGAGCAGCACCUACCCUUAUAGAACAGAGCAGCACCUACCCUUAUAGAACAGAGCAGCACCUACCCCUAUAGAACAGAGCAGCACCCACCCUUAUAGAACAGAGCAGCACCCACCCUUAUAGAACAGAGCAGCACCUACCCUUAUAGAACAGAGCAGCACCUACCCUUAUAGAACAGAGCAGCACCUACCCUUAUAGAACAGAGCAGCACCUACCCUUAUAGAACAGAGCAGCACCUACCCCUAUAGAACAGAGCAGCACCUACCCCUAUAGAACAGAGCAGCACCUACCCCUAUAGAACAGAGCAGCACCUACCCUUAUAGAACAGAGCAGCACCUACCCUUAUAGAACAGAGCAGCACCUACCCUUAUAGAACAGAGCAGCACCUACCCUUAUAGAACAGAGCAGCACCUACCCCUAUAGAACAGAGCAGCACCUACCCUUAUAGAACAGAGCAGCACCUAGCCUUAUAGAACAGAGCAGCACCUACCCUUAUAGAACAGAGCAGCACCUACCCUUAUAAAACAGAGCAGCACCUACCCCUAUAGAACAGAGCAGCACCUACCCUUAUAGAACAGAGCAGCACCUACCCUUAUAGAACAGAGCAGCACCUACCCUUAUAGAACAGAGCAGCACCUACCCCUAUAGAACAGAGCAGCACCUACCCUUAUAGAACAGAGCAGCACCUACCCUUAUAGAACAGAGCAGCACCUACCCUUAUAGAACAGAGCAGCACCUACCCUUAUAGAACAGAGCAGCACCUACCCCUAUAGAACAGAGCAGCACCUACCCUUAUAGAACAGAGCAGCACCUACCCUUAUAGAACAGAGCAGCACCUACCCCUAUAGAACAGAGCAGCACCUACCCCUAUAGAACAGAGCAGCACCUACCCUUAUAGAACAGAGCAGCACCUACCCUUAUAGAACAGAGCAGCACCUACCCUUAUAGAACAGAGCAGCACCUACCCUUAUAGAACAGAGCAGCACCUACCCCUAUAGAACAGAGCAGCACCUACCCCUAUAGAACAGAGCAGCACCUACCCUAUAGAACAGAGCAGCACCUACCCCUAUAGAACAGAGCAGCACCUACCCUUAUAGAACAGAGCAGCACCUACCCUUAUAGAACAGAGCAGCACCCACCCUUAUAGAACAGAGCAGCACCUACCCCUAUAGAACAGAGCAGCACCUACCCUUAUAGAACAGAGCAGCACCUACCCUUAUAGAACAGAGCAGCACCUACCCCUAUAGAACAGAGCAGCACCCACCCUUAUAGAACAGAGCAGCACCUACCCUUAUAGAACAGAGCAGCACCUACCCCUAUAGAACAGAGUAGCACCUACCCCUAUAGAACAGAGCAGCACCUACCCUUAUAGAACAGAGCAGCACCUACCCCUAUAGAACAGAGCAGCACCUACCCUUAUAGAACAGAGCAGCACCUACCCUUAUAGUAUAGAGCAGCACCUACCCUUAUAGAACAGAGCAGCACCUACCCCUAUAGAACAGAUUAGCACCUACCCCUAUAGAACAGAGCAGCACCUACCCCUAUAGAACAGAGCAGCACCUACCCCUAUAGAACAGAGCAGCACCUACCCUUAUAGAACAGAGCAGCACCUACCCCUAUAGAACAGAGCAGCACCUACCCCUAUAGAACAGAGCAGCACCUACCCUUAUAGUACAGAGCAGCACCUACCCUUAUAGAACAGAGCAGCACCUACCCUUAUAGAACAGAUUAGCACCUACCCCUAUAGAACAGAUUAGCACCUACCCCUAUAGAACAGAGCAGCACCUACCCCUAUAGAACAGAGCAGCACCUACCCUUAUAGAACAGAGCAGCACCCACCCUUAUAGAACAGAGCAGCACCUACCCUUAUAAAACAGACCAGCACCUACCCCUAUAGAACAGAGCAGCACCUACCCCUAUAGAACAGAGCAGCACCUACCCUUAUAGAACAGAGCAGCACCUACCCUUAUAGAACAGAGCAGCACCCAUUGAGCUAUAAAUUAUUCAUAUGAUACAUCGUAUUGUAUAACUUCAGCCCAACUUCUCCGGUCAUCAUCAUUCUGUGUGUAACUAACCCUACCUGUGUGUAACUAACCCUACCUGUGUGUAACUAACCCUACCUGUGUGUAACUAACCCUACCUGUGUGUAACUAACCCUACCUGUGUGUAACUAACCCUACCUGUGUGUAACUAACCCUACCUGUGUGUAACUAACCCUACCUGUGUGUAUCUAACCCUACCUGUGUGGAACUAACCCUACCUGUGUGUAUCUAACCCUACCUGUGUGGAACUAACCCUACCUGUGUGUAACUAACCCUACCUGUGUGGAACUAACCCUACCUGUGUGUAUCUAACCCUACCUGUGUGGAACUAACCCUACCUGUGUGUAUCUAACCCUACCUGUGUGGAACUAACCCUACCUGUGUGUAACUAACCCUACCUGUGUGGAACUAACCCUACCUGUGUGUAUCUAACCCUACCUGUGUGGAACUAACCCUACCUGUGUGUAUCUAACCCUACCUGUGUGUAACUAACCCUACCUGUGUGUAUCUAACCCUACCUGUGUGGAACUAACCCUACCUGUGUGGAACUAACCCUACCUGUGUGUAUCUAACCCUACCUGUGUGUAUCUAACCCUACCUGUGUGGAACUAACCCUACCUGUGUGUAUCUAACCCUACCUGUGUGUAUCUAACCCUACCUGUGUGGAACUAACCCUACCUGUGUGGAACUAACCCUACCUGCGUCCUGUGUGUUCUCUCCCAGGGGUCCAGAGGACACGUGUUUUGAGGGCGGCGUAUUUCCAGCCCUCCUCUCCUUCCCAUCAGACUACCCCCUCAGCCCCCCUAAGAUGAGGUUCACCUGCGACAUGUUUCACCCCAACAGUAAGUCAACAUACAUUACUGACUGGCUGGUUGGUUGGCUGACGAGGUACAUCUUGUAAUUGUUGUCAGACAUCUUUUCUGAAGGUGGUGUGAAUUGAAAUGGUAAUAGGAAGUUGAGACAGUAUUAGGCUAUGUCUAACAGUACAUGUUGCUCUCUGACUUCCCAACUCAGCUUGCACUCAAGUUGUCUGCUAGUCAAAAGUAGUGUACUAUAUAGUGAAUAGGGUGCCAUUUGGGACUGAGCCAAGGAGUUGAGGAUGAAGGGUGUAUGGUAUGGAGGGGGAGCGGUGUAUUGCAGAGCCCACAUCAAGGACUAAUGGGUAUUGACACACAUUAAAGGAGACUUCAGCCACCUCCAUCCAUCCUGCUGGGCCUUUGGUGUAACUGGAUAUGGUGCAGGCCAGGUGGGAGUUAAAGGCCUGACUGCAACCUUACAGAGCAACAACAUUCUCUCUCUCUCUCUCUCUCUCUCUCUCUCUCUCUCUCUCUCUCUCUCUCUCUCUCUCUCUCUCUCUCUCUCUCUCUCUCUCUCUCUGUCUCUGUCUCUCUCUCUCUUCUCUGUCUCUCUCUCUCUCUCUCUCUCUCUCUCUCUCUCUGUCUCUCUGUCUCUCUGUCGUCUGUCUCUGUCUUGUCUGUCUCGUCUCUGCUCUGUCUGUCUCGUCUGUCUGUCUGUCUGUCUGUCUGUCUGUCUGUCUGUCUGUCUGUCUCUGUCUGUCUGUCUGUCUGUCUGUCUGUCUGUCUGUCUCUCUCUCUCUCUGUCUCUGUCUCUACGCCAGACAUUUUUAAGUUUACAAACCUGUGCUUGAUCAUCUGCAAGGCAGCUUUACAAAACAAAACUUAAACCACAGCAACAACAGUCCGUAGUGAACUGGGCGAGGCUGCUUUCCUGGGCCUAGCCCGAGGCUCUUCAUACGUCCCAAAUGACACCCUAUUCCCUGUACAGGCUAGUGCACUACCUUUGUCCAGGGCCUUGGUCAGAAGUGCACUAUAACGGGAAUAUGGUGGCAUUUGGGACACAUCGUCAGUGUUAACAACAGUGUUUUUAAAAGCCUGCUGAACACAAUACCAGUUAGUUAAAUGUUGUCACUCCAUUGUGACUACUAGUUUCAUAUGUCUCAUAGUUGUCUGCAGGGUGAGAAGAGAAGGGAGACGGCAGAGUGUUCUGUGUCUUUUGGUGUUAGUAAAGGUAUGUGUUUGGCUGUGUGUCGGUGGAGCAGAGUGGAGCAGACGGCAGCAACAGGACAGAGGUUGUCUCCAAUGGUACCCUUUACACUAUAUAUAGUGCACUACUUUUGAACUAGGACCCACAGGGCCCAUAAGGCUCUGGUCAAAAGCAGUGCACUAUAUAUAGUGUAAAGGGGGCCAUUGGAGAGACAGCCUCUGUCCUGUUGCUGCCGUCUGCUCCACUGCUCUGCCAAUACCUGCUCUGCCCAGCCAAUACCUGCUCUGCCCAGCCAAUACCUGCUCUGCCCAGCCAAUACCUGCUCUGCCCAGCCAAUACCUGCUCUGCCCAGCCAAUACCAGCCAAUACCUGCUCUGCCCAGCCAAUACCUGCUCUGCCCAGCCAAUACCUGCUCUGCCCAGCCAAUACCAGCCAAUACCUGAUCAUAUCUGGGACACCUAAAUAUGAGAGCAGAGAGAACCAGUGGUGGUGUUGUGGUGCUCCCAGUGGGAGAGAGAGCACCACAUCUGGGUUCAAAUACUGUUUGAAAUCUUUCAAAUACUUUUAGCAUUUGCUUUGGCCUGCUUGAAUGUGCCAGAUGGGUGGUGUUUUGACAAUUGUAUUGGUUCCUAAGUCAGGUAAGCUCAAUCAAGCCCAGAUAAAGUAUUUUAAAUGAUUUGAAAUGGUAUUUGAACGGAGGUGUGGAAGUCCCUGGACGCCUCUCUGAUGUCGAGGACAGAGAAGUAACACACAGACUAACCCGUCCUGGCAGAGAGCCAGCUAGAUACUGUGAGAAAGUCUGUGUGUGUUUAAUGCGUGUCCCUUUAGGGUAAAGACUGGGACAUUGUACCUUACCUUACUUUCCAACCCCACAAAGGCGAGAUACUGAGAGUUUGAAACACCCAAUAUUAAGUGUUAACCUCCAAGGUGAAUCCUAUUCAGUAAAAUGACUCUUCAAACGUGAUACUUCUAAUUUGUUUUUGAACGUUAGUGGUUACUUUGUUUUGCUACACCGUCAGUCAGCAGUGAAGCAUAAUGGAAUAGGUGAAUUCCCCUGGCCUCUUAAAAACCCUAGCUUCUGUCAGCCCCCUGCGACACCCCUCAUCUGCCCAGAUCUUCUCUCAGAGGCCUUUAUUCUCCCAGAGGCCUUUAUUCUCCCAGAGGCCUUUAUUCUCCCAGAGGCCUUUAUUCUCCCAGAGGCCUUUAUUCUCCCAGAGGCCUUUAUUCUCCCAGAGGCCUUUAUUCUCCCAGAGGCCUUUAUUCUCCCAGAGGCCUUUAUUCUCCCAGAGGCCUUUAUUCUCCCAGAGGCCUUUAUUCUGUGGUUCAUCUGCUACUGUAACAUUGACGUUUCUCUACCCCAGUACUGGAUGGCUCCGAGGGAAAUGGGGGGAGGCCUUAAACCCUAACAGUAGCUUCUGGUAGCCCCCCUCAGCCCCCACCCCUCAGCUCCCACCCCUCAGCCCCCACCGCUCAGCCCCCGCCCCUCAGCCCCCGCCCCUCAGCCCCCGCCCCUCAGCCCCCGCCCCUCAGCCCCCGCUCCUCAGCCCCCGCCCCUCAGCCCCCGCCGCUCAGCCCCCGCCCCUCAGCCCCCGCCACUCAGCCCCCACCCCUCAGCCCUGAUACUCUAUGGUGGAUCUGCGACUGUAACAUUUCUCUCCUUUGGCAUGUGAUGUGGCAUGGUGAGGGCUCAGGGGGAAAUGGAGGCUAGCCACAAGAUAACACAUAGCAAACAGGAAGCACUUUAUCAGCCUGCUGGCUGCUGGGCCUGAGAGGCGGAGAGAUGGAGGAGUUAUCAAAGAGAGGGAGGACAGAUCUACAGAUCACUAUCCCUGGGAGAGUCCCAAAUGGCACCCUAUUCCCUAUAUAGUGUACUACUUUUGAGCAGGUGCACUAUAUAGGGAAUAGGGUGCCAUUUGGGACACAGACCCUGGAUCUCUCCCUCCAUAGCCUAGCAGAGUAGAGCAAUUACACUCUGGCCACAGAUGGGAUCUGAUCUGCUGUAUUACAGUGGUCUGUGGUGGUGGCUGAUAGAACUGCGAGUGACUGAGUGCUUUGAUUCACCAGAAGCAGGGCUGCCCUGAUUUUGAUUGGAUUUCAAUCUCCAGCCCAUCUCUCUCUCUCUGCCACCCUGACAGUAGAGCGAACAGCUCAACUCUGCCACCCUGACAGCAGAGAGAACAGCACCCUGACAGCAGAGAGAACAGCACCCUAACAGUAGAGCGAACAGCUCAACUCUGCCACCCUGACAGUAGAGCGAACAGCUCAACUCUGCCACCCUGACAGUAAGAGAACAGCACCCUGACAGCAGAGAGAACAGCACCCUGACAGCAGAGAGAACAGCACCCUGACAGCAGAGAGAACAGCACCCUGACAGCAGAGAGAACAGCACCCUGACAGUAGAGCGAACAGCUCAACUCUGCCACCCUGACAGUAAGAGAACAGCACCCUGACAGCAGAGAGAACAGCUCAACUCUGCCACCCUGACAGCACAGAGAACAGCCUCUCUGCCACCCUGACAGCAGAGAGAACAGCACCCUGACAGCAGAGAGAACAGCUCAACUCUGCCACCCUGACAGCAGAGAGAACAGCACCCUGACAGUAGAGCGAACAGCUCAAAUCUGCCACCCUGACAAUAAGAGAACAGCACCCUGACAGCAGAGAGAACAGCACCCUGACAGCAGAGAGAACAGCACCCUGACAGCAGAGAGAACAGCACCCUGACAGCAGAGAGAACAGCACCCUGACAGCAGAGAGAACAGCCUCUCUGCCACCCCGACAGUUCAUGGCCUUUGUAUUAUGCUACUACAGCCCAAAGGGCCACAGUUGUACUGAAAUGAAAAUAUGCUUUUCAUCAAAAUGAAAGUACUACUAGGCUACAUCCUUCAGUUUCUGGAGUUGUGUCAUGUACUGUGUGAUCCUCUAUGUAUCUACUGGUUGUGUUCUCCUCUCUCCUUCUCUUCAGUUUACCCAGAUGGCCGAGUGUGCAUCUCUAUCCUACACGCUCCAGGAGACGACCCUAUGGGGUAUGAGAGCAGUGCUGAGAGAUGGAGUCCUGUCCAGAGUGUAGAGAAGAUCCUACUGUCUGUAGUCAGCAUGUUAGCAGGUCAGUGCUGAGAGAUGGAGUCCUGUCCAGAAAGAAUAUAUUACUGUCUGUCUGUGGUCAGCAUGCUAGCAGGUCAGCAUGCUAGCAGGUCAGCAUGCUAGCAGGUCAGCAUGCUAGCAGGUCAGCAUGCUAGCAGGUCAGUAUGCUAGCAGGUCAGUAUGCUAGCAGGUCAGUAUGCUAGCAGGUCAGCAUGCUAGCUGGUCAGCAUGCUAGCAGGUCAGCAUGCUAGCAGGUCAGCAUGCUAGCAGGUCAGCAUGCUAGCUGGUCAGCAUGCUAGCUGGUCAGCAUGCUAGCAGGUCAGCAUGUUAGGUCAGUAUGCUAGCAGGUCAGUAUGCUAGCAGGUCAGCAUGCUAGCAGGUCAGAUGCUAGCAGGUCAGCAUGCUAGUUGGUCAGUAUGCUAGCAGGUCAGUAUGCUAGCAGGUCAGCAUGCUAGCAGGUCAGCAUGUUAGCAGGUCAGCAUGUUAGCAGGUCAGUAUGCUAGCAGGUCAGCAUGCUAGCAGGUCAGCAUUAUCGCUUUGGAACAGAGCGUCUGCUAAAUGACUAAAAAAAAUAAAAAUAAAAAAAAAUGUUAGCAGGUCAGCAUGGUAGCAGUGGCAGGUCACAGACAGACUAGAGGGACAGACAGAACCCUUUAGGAACAAUGGGAGACAGACAGAACCCUUUAGGAACAAUGGGAGUCAGACAGACAACCCUUUAGGAACAAUGGGAGACAGACAGAACCCUUUAGGAACAAUGGGAGACAGACAGACAACCCUUUAGGAACAAUGGGAGUCAGACAGACAACCCUUUAGGAACAAUGGGAGACAGACAGACAACCCUUUAGGAACAAUGGGAGACAGACAGAACCCUUUAGGAACAAUGGGAGCAGACAGAAACCCUUUAGGAACAAUGGGAGACAGACAGAACCAUUUAGGAACAAUGGGAGACAGACAGAACCCUUUAGGAACAAUGGGAGUCAGACAGAACCCUUUAGGAACAAUGGGAGACAGACAGAACCCUUUAGGAACAAUGGGAGUCAGACAGAACCCUUUAGGAACAAUGGGAGUCAGACAGACAACCCUUUAGGAACAAUGGGAGACAGACAGACAACCCUUUAGGAACAAUGGGAGACAGACAGACAACCCUUUAGGAACAAUGGGAGACAGACAGACAACCCUUUAGGAACAAUGGGAGACGACAGACAUAGGACAAGGAGAGACGAACCUUUAGGAACAAUGGGAGACAGACAGAACCCUUUAGGAACAAUGGGAGUCAGACAGACAACCCUUUAGGAACAAUGGGAGACAGACAGACAACCCUUUAGGAACAAUGGGAGUCAGACAGACAACCCUUUAGGAACAAUGGGAGUCAGACAGAACCCUUUAGGAACAAUGGGAGCAGACAGAACCCUUUAGGAACAAUGGGAGACAGACAGAACCCUUUAGGAACAAUGGGAGUCAGACAGACAACCCUUUAGGAACAAUGGGAGUCAGACAGACAACCCUUUAGGAACAAUGGGAGACAGACAGACAACCCUUUAGGAACAAUGGGAGUCAGACAGACAACCCUUUAGGAACAAUGGGAGUCAGACAGACAACCCUUUAGGAACAAUGGGAGUCAGACAGACAACCCUUUAGGAACAAUGGGAGUCAGACAGACAACCCUUUAGGAACAAUGGGAGUCAGACAGACAACCCUUUAGGAACAAUGGGAGUCAGACAGACAACCCUUUAGGAACAAUGGGAGACAGACAGAACCCUUUAGGAACAAUGGGAGUCAGACAGAACCCUUUAGGAACAAUGGGAGUCAGACAGACAACCCUUUAGGAACAAUGGGAGUCAGACAGACAACCCUUUAGGAACAAUGGGAGACAGACAGAACCCUUUAGGAACAAUGGGAAUAGAUCUAUAGCCCCUGGUCUCUUCCUGUAGUCUCUCUGCUCCAGACUAAAGUUCAGACGGUUUUCUCUGCGUACUGUAGCCAUCUCAACCUCAGAACAGGGCUCAACCUCAGAACAGGGCUCAACCUCAGAACAGGGCUCAACCUCAGAACAGGGCUCAACCUCAGAACAGGGCUCAACCUCAGAACAGGGCUCGGUAGUUCACUCAAUACAUAAUUGACAUACUUGAAACCUAAUGCUGUUGUUGUUGUUUUUAAUUUGAUGAUAUUACAUUAAUAGAGAUGUUUGAUUGAACGCAUAGCUGCUUUUGGUAUUUGCCACUAUUAUCUCCAAUUGACUGUAAAUAAACCAUUCUCUCCAGAGCCCAAUGAUGAGAGUGGAGCGAACGUUGAUGCAUCCAAGAUGUGGCGUGAGGACAGAGACCAGUUCUACAGCCUGGCCCAACAGAUCGUCCGCAAGUCCCUGGGUCUCUAAUAACAACGACAUCACAUUCUCUCCGUACGUCCCAAAUGGCACCCUAUUCCCUAUAGAGAGCACUACUUUAGACCAAUGUCCUAUGAGCCCUGGUCAACAGUAGUGCGCUAUAAAGGGAACGGUGUGUCAUUUGGGAUGCAACCUCUGUUUGGAUCUAAUCUGUAAGGUUCCAACCCACCGCUUCCAUUUCACUCAACAUGAUGUCACCAGGACAGGAAGUUGUCACAACCAGGAAGUUACAGGUGACUACAGUGACAAUUAGACUAGCUGGUAAGCAUGGAGACGGCAGAUGACUGAUGGCUCCAUCUCUGGCUGUUGCCAUGGGUACGAUGAAACCCACAAACCAUUUGACUCAAAGUACCCGUUUUGUUCCGUUGUCACAUCUCUCUCUCUCUCUCUUUCUCUCUCAAGCACUUUAUUUCUCCAAAGGAAUAUGUUUAGCGUGUUACUAUCCAGAGGAUGCCAUUCACUCUGCAAUAUGGCUACAUAGAGGUGCUGUGACUCAUUUGAAUAGAAAAUAAAUAAUACAAGUGUUUGUGAGAACUUGUCAAUGCUUUGUAAUAGAAGAUAUCACUAUUAAUACAUGACUGUCAACACGUGACUGACAGACACACCAAUGGUUCUUCUGUUUUAGGGUAGUCUCGCAUGACCAUCCUUCUCAAAUCCUGUCUCGUUGACUCGACUAUUUCAGGCUAGUUUUGGAGUAAUAACAUCAGUUUAGGAAAUAAAGCGUUUAGCUUCUGGGUGGGAAGUGUUGGUUUUAUGGCUAAAAAAAAGAACACAUUGAAGAUAUUACUAUUAUACAGACCACAAUUCAGCAUCACAACAUUUUAGCACAUUUUAUGUCAACAUUUUAGUUUAGUACUCGGUAGGGGACUUUCGUUAUAAUGCUGACCUCUGUCGUUGGGUGUUUUAAUGUGGUGCAAAAAAUAAAUAAAGAUGAUUUAGACUGUGGCAUCAUUUGCUGUGUCUCUCAAAGGGAUUUGAUAGUCUACAGGGACCCUGACAGGUGACUGACACAAGGACCAUGACACAAGUGACCCUGACAACAAGACACCACACAAGGUGACCGACACCAGGUGACCGACAAGGGGACCCGACACAGGUGACCAGACACAAGGUGACUACCAAGACCCUGACGAAGUGACCCUAUCACAGGGACCAUGACCAAGUACCUGCACAAGGUGACCGAACCAAGUGACAUGAACAAG